AUGUUCGUUGAUCCCAUCGAAGUAGAACAAGCUGAGGUUGAUGUAAUUGAUGAAGAGGAAGAAGAUCCAGAGUUAGCAUUUGAUGACAUGGUGAACGAUGAUUCUGAAGACGAUGUUGAAGGUGUAAUACCUCCAAUUUCAAUAUACACACCGCCGUCUCACAUGUCGAACAUUGACAUGGCCGAUGAUGAACCCUCAUCAGACAUAUUCCACAAUGUCUGCAUGCAGUCAGAUGCAACUUUAAAAGAGAAAGAUAGUUUUCGUUCGAAGGAUGAGUGCAUGCGAGCAAUAAAAAAGUUCCACAUGUUACACUCUGUGGAUUUUAAAAUGGACCGAACAAAUGCAGAACGGUACAAAAUCAAAUGUACCAAUACUGAGUGUUUGUUCAAGCUCUCUGCUUCAUACAGGUUGAGAAGUGAUUCAUGGGUGAUAGGUAAAAUUUCUCAACCUCACACUUGCAUGAACUCUUCUCGCUCGCAAGAUCAUCGUAAGUUAAGUUACGAUCUGAUAUGUCAAGAAAUCUUGCCUCUCAUCAACAAUGAUCCAUCGUUGAAGGUGAGAACAAUAAUUUCUCACAUCACUAAAGUAUACAACUGUACGCCCUCGUACAGGAAAGCAUGGUUAGCAAAAACCAAGGCGAUUGAACAAGUAUACGGUAAUUGGGAGGAAUCAUACAAAGAGUUACCCCGCUACUUAAAUGCACUCUGCACUUAUGCUCCUGGUACUAUUUAUGAGAUGGAAACAUUGCCCGCGUAUGCCCCAAAUGGUACUCUUGUCAGCGGAAAUGGAAUAUUUCGUCGUCUAUUCUGGGCCUUCCAACCUUGCAUCAGAGGGUUUGCAUUCUGCAAACCUAUUAUUCAAAUAGAUGGAACGUGGUUGUACAGAAAAUACAAAGGCACCCUACUGAUGGCAGUCGCACAAGACGGAAACAACAACGUCUUCCCAAUUGCAUCCGCUCUAGUCGAGGGAGAGACCGGUGGAGGUUGUAGUUUUUUCUCAAACAUCUUAGAACACACGUGGCUCCGCAAGAAGGUCUCUGUUUGA